UCCGGCGAGUGAGUGACGGGCGCAGCCUCGGCAGCGGCGGCGGCGGAGCCCUGAGGCGACAGCAGCUGCAGGAGGCGACGGGCCGCGGCCUGCGGGACCUGAGGCAGCCGGGGCGGGCCGGGCGAGCCGGCCGGAUAGCUAGCCGCGCUGGCGGCGGCGGUGGCCGCGAUGAUGGAGAUCCAGAUGGACGAGGGCGGCGGCGUGGUGGUGUACCAGGACGACUACUGCUCCGGCUCGGUGAUGUCGGAGCGGGUGUCGGGCCUGGCGGGCUCCAUCUACCGCGAGUUCGAGCGCCUCAUCCACUGCUACGACGAGGAGGUGGUCAAGGAGCUCAUGCCGCUGGUGGUGAACGUGCUGGAGAACCUAGACUCGGUGCUCAGCGAGAACCAGGAGCACGAGGUGGAGCUGGAGCUGCUGCGCGAGGACAACGAGCAGCUGCUCACCCAGUACGAGCGCGAGAAGGCGCUGCGCAGGCAGGCGGAGGAGAAGUUCAUCGAGUUUGAAGAUGCCCUGGAACAAGAGAAGAAAGAGCUGCAGAUCCAGGUGGAGCACUACGAGUUCCAGACGCGCCAGCUGGAGCUGAAGGCCAAGAACUAUGCAGAUCAGAUUUCCCGGUUGGAGGAGCGGGAGUCGGAGAUGAAGAAGGAGUACAACGCGCUCCACCAGCGGCACACAGAGAUGAUACAGACCUAUGUGGAGCACAUCGAGAGGUCCAAGAUGCAGCAGGUCGGAGGAGGCGGGGGAAACAGCCAGACUGAGAGCGGCCUGCCUGGGCGGAGUCCUCGCCAGUCGUGGAGGAAAAGCAGGAAGGAGCGUCCUACCUCCCUGAACGUGUUCCCCCUGACUGACGGCAUGGUACGUGCACAGAUUGGGGGCAAGCUCGUGCCUACGGGGGACCACUGGCACCUGAGUGACCUCGGCCAGCUGCAGUCCAGCUCCAGCUACCAGUGUCCACAGGACCAGAUGUCCGAGUCUGGCCAGUCCUCAGCGGCCGCCACACCCAGCACCACAGGCACCAAAUCCAACACGCCCACAUCCUCUGUACCCUCAGCCGCCGCCACACCCCUCAACGAGAGCCUGCAGCCCCUGGGGGACUAUGGCGUGGGCCCCAAGAACAGCAAGCAUGCCCGGGAGAAGCGUGACAGCCGCAACAUGGAGGUCCAGGUCACCCAGGAGAUGCGCAACGUCAGUAUAGGCAUGGGCAGCAGUGACGAGUGGUCUGAUGUUCAGGACAUUAUUGACUCCACUCCAGAGCUGGACAUGUGUCCGGAGACCCGCCUGGACCGCACGGGAAGCAGCCCAACCCAGGGCAUCGUGAACAAAGCUUUUGGCAUCAACACUGACUCCCUGUACCAUGAACUGUCGACGGCAGGGUCUGAGGUCAUUGGGGAUGUGGAUGAAGGGGCCGACCUCCUAGGGGAGUUCUCAGUGCGCGAUGAUUUCUUUGGAAUGGGCAAAGAAGUGGGAAAUCUGCUGCUGGAAAACUCACAGCUUCUGGAAACCAAAAACGCCUUGAACGUGGUGAAGAAUGACCUCAUUGCCAAGGUUGACCAGCUGUCCGGGGAGCAGGAAGUGCUGAGGGGUGAGCUGGAGGCUGCCAAGCAGGCCAAAGUCAAGCUGGAAAACCGCAUCAAGGAGCUGGAAGAGGAACUGAAAAGAGUGAAGUCUGAGGCCAUCAUCGCCCGCCGCGAACCCAAAGAAGAGGCGGAGGAUGUAAGCAGCUAUCUCUGUACAGAAUCGGACAAAAUCCCCAUGGCGCAGCGCCGCCGCUUCACGAGGGUGGAGAUGGCCCGGGUGCUCAUGGAGCGGAACCAGUACAAGGAGCGACUGAUGGAGCUGCAGGAGGCUGUGCGGUGGACCGAGAUGAUCAGAGCUUCCCGAGAGCACCCGUCCGUCCAGGAGAAGAAGAAGUCUACCAUCUGGCAGUUCUUCAGCCGCCUCUUCAGCUCCUCCUCCAGCCCGCCUCCGGCCAAGCGCCCCUACCCCUCAGUGAACAUCCACUACAAGUCGCCCACCACAGCUGGCUUCAGCCAGCGCCGCAGCCACGCCAUGUGCCCGAUCUCGGCGGGCAGCCGGCCCUUGGAGUUCUUCCCCGAUGACGACUGCACGUCCUCCGCCCGUCGAGAGCAGAAGCGCGAGCAGUAUCGUCAGGUGCGUGAGCACGUCCGUAACGACGACGGCCGUCUGCAGGCCUGCGGCUGGAGCCUGCCCGCCAAGUACAAGCAGCUGAGUCCCAAUGGGGGCCAGGAGGACACGCGGAUGAAGAACGUGCCGGUGCCCGUGUACUGCCGCCCUCUGGUGGAGAAGGACCCCACCAUGAAGCUGUGGUGUGCCGCGGGUGUCAACCUGUGCGGGUGGAGGCCCAGUGAGGACGACGUUGGGAAUGGAGUCAAGCCAGCGCCAGGCCGCGACCCCCUGACCUGUGACCGGGAAGGGGACGGUGAGCCCAAGAGUGCCCAUGCGUCUCCCGAGAAGAAGAAGUCGAAGGAGCUCCCCGAGAUGGAUGCCACCUCCAGCCGGGUGUGGAUCCUGACCAGCACGCUGACCACCAGCAAGGUGGUGAUCAUCGACGCCAACCAGCCAGGCACCGUGGUGGACCAGUUCACUGUCUGCAACGCGCACGUGCUGUGCAUCGCCAGCAUCCCCGCGGCAAGUGACAGUGAUUACCCGCCUGGGGAGAUGUUCCUGGACAGCGACGUGAACCCAGAGGAUGUGGGCGCAGAUGGCGUGCUGGCCGGUAUCACCCUGGUGGGCUGUGCCACCCGCUGCAACGUGCCGCGGAGCAACUGCUCCUCCCGAGGGGACACUCCGGUGCUGGACAAGGGGCAGGGGGAGGUGGCCGCCAUCGCCAACGGGAAGGUCAACCCGUCCCAGUCCACAGAGGAGGCCACAGAGGCCACAGAGGUACCAGACCCUGGGCCCAGUGAGCCAGAGACUGCUGCAUUGCGGCCCGGGCCUCUCACAGAGCACGUCUUCACCGACCCGGCCCCCGCCCUGCCCUCUGGCCCCCAACCUGGCAGCGAGAAUGGGCCAGAGCCUGACAGCAGCGGCACGCAGCCAGAGCCAGAGCCCAGCGGGGACCCCACGGGAGCAGGCAGCAGUGCUGCACCUACCAUGUGGCUGGGGGCCCAGAACGGCUGGCUCUACGUGCACUCAGCUGUGGCCAACUGGAAGAAGUGCCUGCACUCCAUCAAGCUGAAGGAUUCCGUGCUGAGCCUGGUGCAUGUCAAAGGCCGCGUGCUGGUGGCUCUGGCAGACGGGACCCUUGCCAUCUUCCACCGUGGUGAAGAUGGCCAGUGGGACCUCAGCAACUAUCAUCUGAUGGACCUGGGCCACCCGCACCACUCUAUCCGAUGCAUGGCUGUUGUGUACGACCGCGUGUGGUGUGGCUAUAAGAACAAGGUGCACGUCAUCCAGCCCAAGACCAUGCAGAUUGAGAAGUCAUUUGACGCCCACCCUCGGCGGGAGAGCCAGGUGCGGCAGCUGGCAUGGAUUGGCGAUGGGGUGUGGGUGUCCAUCCGCCUGGACUCUACCUUGCGGCUCUACCACGCACACACGCACCAGCACCUGCAGGAUGUGGACAUCGAGCCCUAUGUCAGCAAGAUGCUGGGCACCGGCAAGCUGGGCUUCUCCUUUGUGCGCAUCACAGCCCUGCUGGUCGCAGGCAGCCGGCUCUGGGUGGGCACUGGCAACGGAGUGGUCAUCUCCAUCCCCCUGACAGAGACUGUGGUCCUGCACCGAGGCCAGCUCCUGGGGCUCCGAGCCAAUAAGACGUCCCCCACCUCGGGGGAGGGCGCCCGCCCCGGGGGCAUCAUCCAUGUGUACGGUGACGACAGCAGCGACAGGGCAGCCAGCAGCUUCAUCCCUUAUUGCUCCAUGGCCCAGGCGCAGCUCUGUUUCCACGGACACCGCGAUGCUGUCAAGUUCUUCGUCUCGGUGCCAGGGAACGUGCUGGCCACCCUGAAUGGGAGCGUCCUGGACAGCCCAGCCGAGGGCCCUGGGCCGGCCGCCCCCGCCUCAGAAGCCGAGGGCCAGAAGCUGCGGAACGUGCUGGUGCUGAGUGGCGGGGAGGGCUACAUUGAUUUUCGCAUCGGAGACGGAGAGGAUGAUGAGACGGAGGAGGGCAUGGGGGAUGUGAGCCAGGUGAAGCCCAUGCUGUCCAAGGCAGAGCGCAGCCACAUCAUCGUGUGGCAGGUGUCUUACACCCCAGAGUGAGGCCGCCCACCCUGCCUGGCCGGACCUGUAUAUAGGACCCCUGCCCACCUGACCCCGCCUGCCCUGCAGGAUAGCCAGCCAGGCGCCACCGCCCCUUUUCUAACCUCUCAACCUGCAGCUUUCACCUGAGUCUGGCCCUCUCCAGCGGGCAGGGAGUGUGGGGAUGCCAGUCAGUUGGGAGGAGGAGCGGUGGGGGUGCUUCCACCCAAGAGGAAGAUGCUCUCGGGACACUGUUCCCGGGCAGCUCCUGGCCAACUUCCAGCCCAGAGUCCUCAAGUCCAGGGCACCUUGGGCCCAGCGCAGGCAGGAUCUGAGGUGGCCCUGGCUCUGCCCUGGCCUCCUACUUCCCAGCACCCCGGGAGAGGAGGCAGGGGCUCCCCACCACCGAGGCUGCCUGCCCUGGGCCCACCUCUGCAUGCUGCUUGCGGGCCCACCUGCGUCCUGGGCCCUCACUCUGCCUAGGGGAACCAGGCCAAGCACUAGCCUUUGCCUAGGGAGGUGGGCCUCAGGCUACCCAGGUGCCUGUACCCCAGCUGGCCUUCUCUGGGGCCCCCCUGUCCUCAAGCCCCUAUCCUCUGUCUGUCCCUAUCCUGGCUGUCCCCUGCCCAGGGAGUUGGCAUCAAAGCACGAGGCCCAGCUCCCCAGGGCAACUGCUUGAGAAGACUGCUACCCCAUCCCGUCCAUGCAGGCAGGGUCUCACCAGCCCUGCUCUGACCUGUGUGCCCUCAGGCUCUGCCUGGGCAGAAGACUCCUUGGAGGAGUGGGCCCUGGAGUCCUGUGCCUCCUAGAAGCCCCCAGGGUGGGAUUUCUCAGGCUGCCAGGGCAGGCCCAGGCCUCAGGAAGAAGGGGAGGCCCCUGGCCUCUCCGGGGUCAGUCCCAGGAUGCCGGCUCAGCCUCAGGUUGAUGGGGGAUGGUGUGCUCCUGGGGCCUGCCUCCUGCAUGGGGCUCCACAGAGCCCAGCUCCCAGACACGCUACUAAGUGCCUAGGGCUGCCCGCUGUGGCCCGUUCCCCAGGAGCAACAGAGAGGCCACCAAGCGGAGGCCCAUGGAGCUGAGGAUGGAGCCGCCUCCAGUAGACUCCAAUUGCAUAGGGAGCAGUUGCUACCCUGGACUGCUCUCCUGCCCAGCCGGGCCUCGCUGGCCUACUCCCACCUUCCAGGCCCACUGCACUCCUGUCCGGGAGGCCCCGACGAGGGCAGCCCAGCCCCUUGCCCAUCCCCAACCAGAGAAGCACAGAUCUUGGGGAGCUGCCCCAUGAGCCCAGCCGGCUACCGCGGGCUGCAGCUGCUGCGCUGCCGGCUUCUCCCCACCACCCUGCCACCUCCACUGUGAUUAUGUCCGGUCCCUCGUCUGUUCCCCCAGGAUCUGGAAGUGACUCCCGGCUGACUGAUGGGGCGGCUGGGGGAGGGGUGACGAUUCUCCUCAGGCUUUGGUCCUGCAAGCAAACCCACAUAUCUGCUCUGUAUGUAAUAAACGUCUUAACAUCGUA